ACGGACGGAGCUCGCGCACCAUGUAACGGGAAGCUUCUUCUUCUUCUUUUUUUGCGCACAGAGGAAACUUUGACAUGAGGAUAUUUUGGGAUAUUUCACUACUUCAAAGAGGAAAGGCGGAGUUGUCCGGGGAAACGAAUUGUUUCACUAUUUAAAGCCACAGUGUAUUUAUAUAUAUUAUAUAUAAAUGUAAAAAGAGACGUUUUUUCGAGUGUUAUCAAACAUGAGUUAAUUACACGUUGAAGAAGAAUUUAAAGAAAACGUGCAGAGACCACGCGUCCGUCCACUGAGGAGAGGAGGCGUUCAGGGGAGCCCGCCAAUGCGCAGCUUUUGUCGGCACUUUGAAGCAACUUGUUGAAACUUUUUUUCCACGAGCUGAAAAACAACCAAAAAACAUCAACAACAACAACAACAACAACAAAAGGUAUCGGCAUGGCAGAGCAUGAGAGCCUGGAGUAUGGGAAAGCGGAUUUCGUGCUUCUGGACAACGUGUCUACGGAGGAGUUCAUGACGAACCUAAAACUCAGGUUCGAGAAGGGCAGGAUCUACUCGUACAUCGGAGAGGUGAUCGUGUCCGUCAACCCGUACCGCGCCAUGAACAUCUACGGGCGCGACGUGGUGGAGCAAUAUAAGGGCCGCGAGCUGUACGAGAGGCCGCCCCACCUGUUCGCCAUCGCCGACGCCGCCUACAAGGCGAUGAAGAGGAGGAACAAAGACACGUGCAUCGUCAUCUCGGGGGAAAGUGGAGCAGGAAAGACCGAAGCCAGCAAGUACAUCAUGCAAUACAUCGCUGCUAUCACCAAUCCCAAUCAGAGGGCCGAGGUAGAAAGGGUGAAAAACAUGCUGCUCAAAUCCAACUGCGUCCUGGAGGCCUUCGGGAACGCCAAGACCAACCGCAACGACAACUCCAGCCGCUUCGGCAAGUACAUGGACAUCAACUUUGACUUCAAGGGAGACCCCAUCGGAGGCCACAUCAACAACUACCUGCUGGAGAAGUCCAGAGUUAUUUUCCAGCAGGAAGGAGAGCGGAGCUUUCACUCAUACUACCAGCUGCUCAGAGGCGCUCCGGACGCCCUGCUCCGCUCUCUUCACAUCCAGAAGGACCCGACGGCUUACAACUACCUCAAAGGCGGAGGCCAGAUCAAGUCUUCCAUCAAUGACGGCGCCGAUUUCAAAGUCGUGGCCGACGCCAUGAAGGUGAUCGGCUUCACCGGCGAGGAGAUUCAGACCGUGUACAAGAUCCUGGCCACCAUCCUCCACCUGGGCAACCUGACGUUCGGCGUGGACGGCGAUACGACGCUGAUCGAGAGCACCAAGCUGCUGUCGGUGAUCCGGGAGCUGCUGUCGGCCACAGAGGAGAACGUGGAGAAGGCGCUGCUCUACCGCACCGUGUCCACGGGACGCGACGUCAUCGAGAAGGAGCACACGGCGCAGGAGGCCGGAUACGGGCGGGACGCGCUCGCCAAGGCCAUGUACGAGCGGAUGUUCUGCUGGAUCGUGGGACGAAUCAACGACAUCAUUGAGGUGAAGAACUACGACGCCAGAGUCCACGGGAAGAGCACCGUCAUCGGCGUGCUGGACAUUUAUGGUUUUGAGAUUUUCCAGAACAACAGCUUCGAACAGUUCUGCAUCAACUACUGCAACGAGAAGCUGCAGCAGCUCUUCAUCCAGCUGGUGCUGAAGCAGGAGCAGGAGGAGUACCAACGAGAGGGGAUUCCCUGGAAGCAUAUCGAUUAUUUCAACAACCAGAUCAUCGUGGAGCUGGUGGAGCAGCAGCACAAGGGCAUCUUCUCCGUGCUGGAUGAAGCCUGCAUGAACGUGGGCAAAGUCACCGACGAGGUCUUCCUCCAGGGACUCAACGUGAAGCUGGCAAAACACGCGCACUACACCAGCCGCAAGCUCUCACCGACGGACAAGACUUUGGAGUUCGACAGAGACUUUCGCAUCAGACACUACGCGGGAGACGUGGUGUACUCAGUGGUGGGUUUCAUUGAUAAGAACAAAGACACUCUGUUCCAGGAUUUCAAGAGGCUGCUGUACAACAGCUCCAACCCGGUCCUGAAGGGGAUGUGGCCCGAGGGCAAGCUGAGCAUCACCGAGGUCACCAAGCGGCCCUUGACGGCCGCGACGCUCUUCAAGAACUCCAUGAUCUCGCUAGUGGAGAACUUGGCCUGCAAGGAGCCCUACUACGUCCGCUGCAUCAAGCCCAACGACGUCAAGUCCCCCCUGCUGUUCGAGCAGGAGCGCUGCCGCCACCAGGUGGGCUACCUCGGGCUGCUGGAGAACGUCAGGGUGCGACGCGCCGGCUUCGCCUACAGGCAGACCUACCCUCGCUUCCUGCAGAGAUACAAGAUGAUCUCCGAGUUCACGUGGCCGAACCACGACCUGCCGUCGGACGCGGAGGCGGUGAAGCGGCUCCUGCAGGGCUGCGGGUUCGACCACGAUGUGGCCUACGGCAAGACCAAGGUCUUCAUCCGUACGCCGCGCACGCUCUUCAGCCUGGAGGAGCAGCGGGUGGAAAUGGUCCAGAGGAUCGUCCUCUUCCUCCAGAAGGUGUGGCGGGGCACCAUCGCCAGGAUGCGAUACCGGCGGAUGAGAGCGGCCCUCGUCAUCCUGCGGGCCUACCGGCACUACAAGGUCCGGUCCUACGUCCGCGAGGUCAACCGCCGCUUCAAAAACAUCCGGUCCAUGAAGGACCACGGCCGGCACGUGGAGUGGCCGACGCCCCCGAAGGUCCUGCGCAAGUUUGAAGAGGACCUCCGGAGCAUCUACAACCGGUGGUGGGCAUGGACGCUGAUCAAAGGCCUCUCUCCAGAGGAGACCCUGCAGGUGAGGGCCAAGGUAGCCAGCCUGGAGGCCCUGAAGGGCCAGAGGGUUGACUUGGGGCUGCAGAGAGCCUGGGAGGGAAACUACCUGAAGCGCGACAGCCCCGACGCGGCCUCCUCGUUCACGCUGGUCUCCAGCGAGCUGCAGCGGAAAGACAAGUUCAUGAGGAUUUUGUUCUCGGGCAACGUCCGCAAGAUCAACCGCUUCCACAAGGCGGAGGACCGGGCCGUGCUCAUCACCGACCGCCACCUGUACAAGAUGGACCCGCUGAAGCAGUACAAGCCCAUGAGGAGCAUCCCCCUCUACAACGUGACGGGGGUGAGCGUGUCCCCUGGGAAGGACCAGCUGGUUGUGUUCCACACCAAGGACAGCAGGGACCUCGUGGUGUGCCUGCAGGGCCUGGUGCCCCCCAACGAGAGCCGCAUCGGGGAGCUGGUCGGCACCCUGCUUAGCCACUUCAAGAGUGAGAAGAGGAGGCUGCAGGUGAACAUCGCGAGUCCCAUCCAGUGCUGCAUGAGCGGGAGGAAGUGCACGGUCAUCGUCGAGCCCAAGAUGAACCAAGCGCAGCCCGACUUCACCAAGAGCCGGUCCGGCUACAUCCUGGCGGUUCCUGGCAACUAAACCGGGGCGAAGAAAAGAGGAGAAAAAUAAUCAAAGACAUCGGUGACGUGUGAUUUAAGAGCCAGGCCGGGGAGAACGAUGACGAUUCACUUGUUAUUUGCAGAUCUGCUGACGGAUAGUUAGAGUUGGAUAGCAGCUCUGGAGCAGGAUGGUGGUAAUGAAAUCCUCAACAAAUGCAAAGCCAUGCCAAAAAAGUUGUUUUGUAUAUUUCUAUGCAACGCCACGAUAAACAGGAAGCGCGCAACACGCCUUUGUGCAAAGCGGUGUUCGUGAAACGGCGUUGAGAGCUUCUUUUUUUUGUGCUUUUUAUUUUUAUUUUUAUCCAAAUUUCAAAUGAUUUGCUCUGUGCAAUAUUUACUUCGUGGUAGAAGCAAUACAUGCGGCAGUCAAGGUGGCAGAUUGAGCAGCAACUGUUCUCUGAAGUGCUGAUGUUGCAUCAUGGGAAACUAAUCCAAAGGCUCUGCAGGAACCUGUCGCCCGUGCAGCUCGCCGACACGUGAAGUAAGAUGAUAUUUAUAUAUGUACUGAUGCUCUAUUGAUGAUCUGCUUUUUGCGAUAUGUAUUCUAAGGAAUAAUAAUAAUGUUAUUGACUUUAAUCGAAGACGUACCUUCCUAUGUGUUCAAUGAAAGGAAACUUUUGAAUUUGUUCAAUGUUUACAAUCACACACCAGAACAUCGACGACGUGAUUCAGUGUCCAAAUCCCUUCAGCAGGAUGUGUUGAGCAUAUCCUGAACAUGCACAGAUCUAUUAAUUUAAAUCCUGCUUUGUAUACUCUCCGACUGCAAAGUGUCUGCUUUUUCUAAUCCUCCAAUACUGCUCUUAUAUUAAUGGUUGGAACAUACUUAUACUGCGUUUACGAUAAAAAGAGAACUAAAACUGAAUAACGGCAAAUAUGAAGACGAUAACCAAUGCUUUCCUUUUUUACAAGAGGUAUAUGGAGCUCAUCUUCUCCCUAUAAGUUUAUCAGCAAUGGGUUGCUGGCCAGGACUGUAUGAUCCCACGUGGACUCCGGCCCCUUGAACAUCGUCUCGGAGACGGUUUGUAUUUUCUUCUCUUCUCAAACUAAAUCACAGCGAUCACACCAUUAGCAGCCGGAGAUGCUCUGUACUGCUCCCACAGGCUGUCGGAGGUAGUGAAGGCUUCCACCCUCGGUUUUCAUCCUUUGGUUAAGUGUUGACACACAACAAACAAUGUGUUGUUUUUCCAGCAAUUUGGCACACACAAGCUCACGAGAUGGGAGAUUUUCUGGCUUCAUACUGUGUCUUUAAUAUUAAUAUCCAUCCACAGAUUGAGAAUAUAAGGCGUAAAUAUAUAUAGUUUUGAACAACCCAGUAAUACGAAGGUUAAAAGUUCAUUCUUGACGUCGGAGCAGUUGCUAUAGGGCGGGGCUACCUUGUGAUCUACCAGAGCAGAGCGACGGCGUCACACCGGUUGCAAAAAACCAAGAUGGCGACGUCCAAAAUUCAAGAUGGCGAAAGCUAAAAUGACAAACUCAAUGCUUAAAAACUUCUUAUAUACAGCCUAUUAAAUAAUAACUUUAUUGACUGAUAAAUACCAUGUGACGUGGCCGAAAGCUCAAUUAUUGCAUCUUUAAUUUGUAAGGAAUGGAUGUAGAGAGCGAUGUUUGUGUUUGUUUGACGCGGAAACAAACUCUGCUGCUCCAACUUGAAUUCGCUCAAAAAGGAAACGAGUUCUUAGCAUGAGGAGACGAGGGCUGCUUCAUAUCUCCUUUCCUUGGCUCUGUGCUCUGACUGAAGGGCACUCGACUGUGUGCUGAGGAACGACGGAGCAGGGUCGCAAAUCGGAGCUCCCUCGGUGCUUGUUAGCAAUCACUUUAGCCACCGUGUGUGUGUGUGUGUGUGUGUGUGUGUGUGUGUGUGUGUGUGUGUGUGUGUGUGUGUGUGUGUGUGUGUGUGUGUGUGUGUGUGUGUGUGUGUGUGUGUGUGUGUGUGUGUGUGUGUGUGUGUGUGUGUGUGUGUGUGUGUGUGUGUGUGUGUGUUUGUGGGCUUCUCUCUGCUAUUCACCGCUCAUCAUUAGGAUGGACUCCGUGUCACUUCAGCGCUUCUCUCUUUCCUUUUCUUGAGGCAAUAAAAAGGGGGGAGGAGGGGUACCUUGCUUGGCGUCCUCCUCUUCUCCUCUCCCAUGCUUUAUCUCCCUCCCUCCCCUCCUUUUCCACUUCCCAUCCUCCUGUCAGACCCUGCGGGGCAAUGAAGGCUGUGUUUUUUUUUCUCUCCAUUUUUGUUGUUGUUAUUUUCCUGUUUCCGUCCUGUGCCCAGGAGGUGUCGAAAUUAAACGGUAAACUGCACCAGGACAACAAGUCGAACAGGAGGAGUUACACGUAGCAACAGAAAACAAAACAAGAUGAGUAUAUGAACCUCAGAUCUACAUACUGUGGCUCUAGAUCCUAAUUAUUGUCAACACAUUCCUGUGAAAAGACCAAAACCAACAGUCAGAUACUUACGUUAGCACAGUUCUAUAUAGUACGAUGUGUACACUAAAUACUUACGUUAGCACAGUUCUAUAUAGUACGAUGUGUACACUAAAUACUUACGUUAGCACAGUUCUAUAUAGUACGAUGUGUACACUAAAUACUUACGUUAGCACAGUUCUAUAUAGUACGAUGUGUACCCUAAGUACUUACGUUAGCUCAGUUCUAUAUAGUACGAUGUGUACACUAAAUACUUACGUUGCUGUGACCCGCCCUUCUGCUACGAAUCCAAGAUGGCCACCGUUUAGGGUGACAUAAGGAACGUCAUUACUUUGAUCUUUUAUUUAUUUUAUUUUGGUGUUCAAACCCAAUCGCGAAGAUUCCUUUUCCAUUAUAUUGAUUAUCAGAUUUACGGCAAGUGUAAAAAUCACAAGCUUUUCCCCAAUUACUCCUUUUGUAAAUGGGCGUAAAAUAUAACAUAAUAGGAAUGUUAAGACGAGGACACUUGUGCCAUUGUGUUCUUCUCUUUUCCUCUAAUUUUCACAACAACACUCUUAUCAAGCCCAUCCAUGUUAGCCAAAGGGUCACACGUUUUCUUCUGCAUAAUUUAUUCCAUACUCUGUGCGCAAAAUCUGUAUACGUAUAAACCAUUAAUUCAGUAUGUGCCUAAUUUUGUAUUUUUGCAUAUUUGUGAUUGCAUACAGUAAAUAUCCUGUAAUAUCCAGACCAAGUUUAAAGGGAAACUCUUGUAACACCUUUUUUUUCUUCUUUUGCAAAUGUAUUCUGUAUGAAUGCAAAUUGUGCAUUCCAUGAUGUUCCACGAUGAAACAUAUUUCAUUAAUCAUGUUAUUAAUAAAUGUAUUUGCAUCAAUA